CCGUCUUUCUCCUUCUCCUCCUGUUUAUCCCCCCUCCUCCUCGUCCUCCUUCUCGCUAUCCUCUUAUAACACAAUGAACUUUUGAUUUGUUGAGGAAAAUUUCGAUUCUAUCUUCGUACCCGGAAAAGGGAAUCGGGUAUCUAUUUUUGUAGCCAAUUGUUGUCAGAAACGGCGCGUCUCCGGAGCUUGCUGUCAUGCGCGGUGGCGAGGACAGCGAACGCCGCCAUAGCAGUUGUGUUUGUGUUACGUUGAUGCGAGAAAAAAAGGAACUCAGACCCAUCUUCUCAAACACUCCGGGGCUUACACACCCACAUUUGAUACGGGUUUUAGAGUGGUUAUUGUGGGUAUUUCCAUGGGUGGUUAUGUGAGCCUGUGCAUCGCUCUGGGUGUUGGCUUUUAAAGGCGAUUCCUCACACCCACUGUAAUUACGUGUAAAGACUGUAAAUAUAGUUAAAACUCAACGCAAGGUUUUUAUAUACCAGAGAGAGAGGAAAAAAAGACAGAAGUGAAGGGAAUCCGCUCGGCCAUAUCUGCAUCACUUCCAAUUCACAACUUAUGGAACCAACGUAAAUGUCUAACAAGCCUGGUGAUAACUUGACAAGGCUUCUGCACCAUGACUGUGAAAAAGCACUCAUGAGAACCCGACUGAUCUUCUUUGUAGCCUUUGGAAAUAUACUUGUUGUGAGUGCCGAAAGCGUUGGAGAACAUGGAUCUUAAAAAACAAUAUGGGAGGAUGUCGGUGAAAUAAGAACAUUACCAAAUAAAUGUAUAAUUGAAAAAAAGAAACACUGAGCGGACCUAGAACCAGUGGAGAGAAGUAAGAUCAACUCUAUAUAGAAAACAGAAAGAAAAACGUUACCGAACAGAUGUAGAAAAUAAUGGAAAAAACUUUACCGAGUUAUAAUAUAUUGAAUAAAUACGAGGAAUACAAGCCUGUCAUGAGUUUCCUUUAGUUUUGCUUGACUUAUAACCGAAAGUAUAGAGUACACAAACCGUCUUCUCCUUGCGUUAAAAGAAAAUGAAAAGGAGAAAUAAGAAUGUAAAAGAAAUAUAUAAAGGGAAAAAAUAGCAGAAUAUGAAACAAACCCAUUCCUCUUCUUUGCUCAAAUAGAAGAGAAAUAAUAGAAAUCGGAUAAGAUAAGAGAAAAUAAGAAGAAAUUUAAACAACCAAUCUCUCAGCCAAUCAAUCCGUCCUGCUGCUGUGAAGGAAAAGGAAACGGAAAAAGAACAGGAAAGACGGACACGCGGUUAAAGGCGAAGAAAAAGUAUUAUAACAAAAACCAUGUUGAAAGUGUUGCCAAGGAAGGAGAAAUUCUUUAAAGUUUCCUCCCGUUUGCUGUUUCUUGUGACCGCUGCUCUCUUGGUGAUGGUGAUGGUGACGUGGAGUGCGGGGACACGGAGGGAAGAAGAGACGGCUGCGGCCGCAGGAGGAGGAGGCGGAGGACUGGAGGUAGUGGAGGGCCUGCCUGGAAGCGACGCCCGCGCCGUAGAUCUGCUGCAGCGGCACUGGCUCCAGGCGCCCUCCGCGCUGCCCUACAACCUUACCGAGAGUCCCGCCUACCUGUCUGCUGCCAAGGGUGACACCUGGACCUUCGUGCACCACUACGUGACGCGGCUCUUCGAAGGUGAGAUUGAUCAAGUGAACAGGUCAAUUCGACUUCGCUGAGGCGGGGGCGCUGGACGUCCACAUACUGUAACUUUCUGACUUUGCUAGUCGCAGGGGACGGGCAACUCAGAUUAACUAAACGCAGGUGUUUCUGAUGAUAUAUCAUCAUCUCCUUGUUCCAGGGCAGCGAGGCGGCUUCUUCGUGGAGGCGGGGGCGCUGGACGGCCAGAUGCUGUCCAACUCGCUGUGGCUGGAGCGGGAGCUGGGCUGGAUGGGGCUGCUCGUCGAGCCUGACCCCAUGAGUUACUCGUGGCUCGUGACGAAGCACCGCAAGGCCUGGACCUCCAACACCUGCCUCUCCCACACGGGCGUCACCAAGGCCUCGGUGCACGUCUCCCUCACGCUGCCCGCGGGCUAUCGGGCGCGGCCGUGGUACAUGAAGGGAUCCUCAUACGAGUUUGGUGUCACGUUAAACAGCCCAAGUAUCAAUAAAUUCGUCAAUGCUGCUGAUAAGUCUUAUUCGGUAGUCAGCUGCUUCCCUCUGGUCACUUAUCUACGAGCUCUUAACGUUAGUACGAUAGAUUUCCUCUCCCUGGACACCCAAGGAAGCGAGAUGGAGAUCCUGAAGACCAUUCCCUGGGACGAGGUGAACGUGAGGGCGGUGGUGGUGGAGAUUAUCGGGUCAAGGACAGGAGCAAGGUUCCUGAGCCACUACAUGAAGAGUCUCGGGUUCACUCUGGUGGGUCAGUACCACGACAGUGUGUUCGUGAAGGAAGGCGACCCGGCCCUGGACAAGCUGAGGUCAAAGGACGGGUGGGAACUCGUGGUAAUAAGCCCGACGGAGGAGGAGUCGGAGGUCACGACGACUGGUAAAGGUCAGGAAGGUCAAUGAGUGCUCCGUGUGUGUGUGUGUGUGUGUGUGUGUGUGUGUGUGUGUGUGUGUGUGUGUGUGUGUGUGUGUGUGUGAGUGUUAAGUCACUGUGAUGUAUUUUUUUACUUGAGUCUAUUAAUUUAGCUUUGUUUUGCUUUCGCUGUGUUGUCCUAUAAAUUAUAAUUCCCCUCCCUCCCUUUCCCUCACGUCCGUCGCUGUUUUCUUCUUUUUUUCUUCUAUUAUUUAUCACUUUAGUCUGCACGAAUUUACAUUAUUAAUAUUGUUACUAGAGUGUGAAGUUCCUGCUGUUACGCCGAGCUAUUAAAGUGUUAUUGUGCAUUUAACUUAUUAUGUACAGUAUGUCCAGUCA